UGUUAACAUUUUUGUUUAUUUGGCCAAGAAAAAGUUUGUGGUCCUAAAAUCCUAAAAUAAGAAAAACCACAAACUAUAGUGUAUUAUGUAUGACCACCAAUAGUAAUGCAAAAUACUAAACACGAGCAAGUCAAAUAAAGGAAAAUGGCGAGCAAAUAUCAGAAAUUUCCACCACAAAGCCAGGAAACGCAACCAGGCAAACAAUAUUUGAUGAAUCCACUCCCUAUAUCUACCAAUCCUCAAUAUAAACCUUCCAACAAGCUUCAAGGAAAGGUGGCAUUAGUAACAGGUGGUGAUUCAGGAAUAGGAAGAGCAGUUUGUUACUAUUUCGCACUCGAGGGCGCAAAUGUGGCUUUCACAUAUGUUAAAGGGCCAGAGGAUAGAGAUGCCGAUGAUGCCUUGGCUUUGAUAAGAGAAGCGGCGAAAGAAAAUGAUGCAGGUGAACCUAUUGCCAUUCUAGCUGAUCUUCGCCUAGGUGAAGAUGAAUGCAAGAAGGUGGUUGAUAAGGUGGUUAGUCAGUUUGGAUGUAUCGAUGUCUUAGUGAAUAAUGCAGCUGUACAGUACUACAAAGAGAAUAUUGAAGAUAUCACCGAGGGGCAACUGAGAACAACAUUUGAAAUCAAUAUCUUCGCCUAUAUAUUUAUGGCAAAGCAUGCAAUGAAGCACAUGAAAGAAGGAAGCAGCAUCAUCAACUCAUCCUCAGCAUUGGCAUACAUAGGUGAACAAACUUUAGUUGACUAUAGCUCAACCAAAGGAGCCAUUGUCAGCUUCACCAGAAGCCUUGGUCUCCAACUCAUCAAACGAGGAAUCCGAGUGAAUGGGGUAGCACCAGGUCCCAUAUGGACUCCUCUAGAAGUGGCUUCACUUCCAGUCGAUAGGGUUGUAACAUUUGGUAAAGAGGCGGCAAUGGAUAGAGCAGGACAACCUUUUGAACUCGCGCCAUCCUAUGUUUUUCUUGCAAGCAAUGAGUGUUCAUCCUACUUAACUGGCCAAUUUCUCCACCCUAAUGGUGGAAUGAUCGUUAAUGCUUGAUCCAAGUUUUUUGCCAAUCGAUCCAUUUAAGAAAAAGAAAUAUAUCACAUAUAGAUCAUCUCCCAGACUUUUUCCGCCCGUUGCGAAAAUGGAUAGGCUUUAAGCACAAGGAGCUAGCUCACUGCUUAACCCUUUGGAUUAAAAGGAGAAAGUUAUUUUUAUUUUAUUUUGAGUGUCAAUCUUUUGCAUUAUUCAUGUGUAAUUGUUUUUUAUUAUUUGUUUUGUUUAAUUUUUUAUUGUAUCAGGACAACUUAUGAAUCUUAUCUUCAAUCA